AUUACCGCAGUGAAAAUUUUAAAAUUAAUGGUGUAAUAAUAUACUCAUUUACUAAACUUAGCGCACAACUGACUUCAAACGGCAGUCACUAAUAAGACUUCUUUGUGAGUGUUCGUUUGAAAAAUAUCAGUGGAUUAUAUUAUACUGAAGAUAUUAUGGUUUUUGAACAAAUUGACCAAAUACACGCUUGGUCAUCACUUCUGAUAUUGGCAGAAUUGUCGACACUGGAAUCGACACAAUUGCCAUUAAAAAGAAUAGAAUAUAUCUAGUUUUCGUUCAAUCGAGUUUCAACAAAUUUGCUGCAAGUGUGCCUCGGUUCUUAAACUAAUGUAAUUUAAACACAAUCAUGUCGAAGAUCGUCUUCAAAAUUAACGGAAAGGAAUACGAGGUGGAUGGUAAAUACGGGCCGGAUGUGUCCCUCAACGAGUACAUCCGCAGCGUGGCGGAUCUGCGUGGCACAAAGGCGAUGUGCCACGAAGGCGGCUGCGGUGCCUGCAUCGUAGCUGUGCGCGCCGCACUACCGCCCACUCACGAGCUGAAACUGUUCUCCGUCAACUCCUGUCUAGUGUCUGUUUUGUCAUGCCAUGGCUGGGAAAUUCUGACUGUGGAGGGUAUUGGCAAUAAAACUAUCGGCUACCAUGAAAUACAAAGUCGACUUGCGAAGUUUAAUGGGACCCAAUGCGGCUACUGCACUCCAGGUUGGAUUAUGAAUAUGUACAGUAUAUAUGAAGAGAAAAAACAAAAAUUGACGAUGAAAGAAGUGGAAAAUUCAUUUGCCAGCAACAUCUGUAGAUGUACAGGCUACAGACCCAUUGCAGAUGCAUUUAAAUCCUUUGCUUCGGAUAUCGACGAAAAUCUUAAAAUAAAACUACGUGAUAUAGAAGAUAUAGGAUUUUUUAAUUCUUGUGGAGUUCAUUGUAAAAGACAAUGCCCCAAAAAUAAUAAAUGCCAAGCAAUCCAAGAAGAAUCUGCUCGUGAUUGGUGUAUCAUACAAAACGAUAAUGAUAAAAUGAUAGUGAUAGAUUGUGGCACCCACAAAUGGUACAAAGCAUACAGUCUAGAUGAUGUUUUUAAUGCGAUGAGCAACUCCAAUGAUUAUAAAUUCAUAGCUGGAAAUACUGGGCAAGGAGUGUAUCAUGUCACAGAAUAUCCAUCAACUGUGAUAGACAUCUUCUAUGUGGCAGAAUUGAAGAGUCACAGUUUAGAUGUGAACCUUAUACUAGGAGCGGGGAUGCCACUAUCCGAAAUGAUGGACCUCUUUUUAGUGUUAUCAGCAUCAAAUGAAGAUUUCUCUUAUUUAAAACAAUUCCAUGAGCAUAUGGAUCUUGUCGCACAUAUACCAGUGAGAAAUAUCGGAACAAUUGGUGGUAACCUUUAUAUGAAACAUACAAAUAACGACUUCCAGUCGGAUAUCUUCUUGCUUUUUGAAACCGUUGGUGCUAUGAUUACAAUUGCUGAGGCAACAAAUAAAAUGAAAACAAUUAGUAUUAUGGAAUUUCUAAAAAUGGAUAUGAAUAGAAAGAUUAUUGUCAACAUUAAACUACCUCCAUUAUCAAACUACUGCUUUUUUAAAUCGUAUAAGAUAAUGCCAAGGUCCCAAAAUGCACACGCAGUAGUAAACGCAGGUUUUUUAUUUAAGUUUAACAAAACAUCAAAUUUAUUAGAAAAAGCAUCCUUAGUGUUUGGAAGUAUUUCAGCAAACUUUAAUCAUGCCAGUCAAACGGAAUCACUGUUAGAAGGUAAAGAUCCCUACAAUGAAGAAACAUUACAAUCAGCUCUCAAAACGUUAUUUAUGGAAAUUUCUCCUGAAGAAAUGCCACCUGAACCAUCUGCUGCAUAUAGAAAAAUGCUUGCCGUUACUUUAUUUUAUAAAGCUAUAUUAUACUUCUGUCCUGAUAAACGAUUGGAUAAAAGAUUUCGAUCGGGUGCAGAAGCUUUAAAAAGGCAAACUUCAAAAGGAACGCAAUCUUUCGAUACUGAUAAAAGUGUUUGGCCUUUAAACCAGGCAGUACCCAAAUUAGAGGCCCAAGUUCAGUGUAGUGGUGAGGCAAUUUUCGCAAAUGAUUUACCCACUGAAAGUGGAGAACUGUUUGGUUCGUUCGUUACUGCUGAUGCUAGACCAGGCAGUAUAAUUAGUGGAUUUGACACUGAGGAAGCUUUAAAAGUUCCUGGAGUAGUUGCUUUUUACUCUUCUAAAGAUAUACCAGGAGACAAUUCGUUCACGCCCAUAAAUGUGCCUCUUAUACUAGCGAGUGAGGAAAUUUUGUGUUCUAGUAUAGUUAAAUAUUAUGGCGAACCGUGUGGUAUAAUUGUGGCAGAUCGAGAAAAGACUGCAAAUAAAGCUGCUAAAUUAGUCAAAGUAAAGUAUUCCCAAAUAAAUAAGAACAAACCUAUAUUAACAGUACAAGAUGUGAUGAACUCUCCGGAAAAAGAUAAAAGACUUGUAAAUAAUAUGACAAUUGAACCAACUGAAAUCGGGAAUGACGUCAAAUGUAUAAUUUAUGGAGAAUAUCAUUUAGAAACACAACAUCAUUUUUAUAUGGAACCCCAAACCACUAUAGCAAAAGCCACUGAAGAUGGAUUAGAAAUUUAUUCUGCAACUCAAUGGUUAGAUUUAACAAAUGUUGCAAUAGCGCAAAGUUUGAAUAUGUCUGUUAACAGAAUAAAUGUUAUUGUUCGUCGGGUAGGUGGAGCAUACGGAGGUAAGAUCACUCGAUCUGUUCAAAUUGCAUGCGCUGCUGCAUUGGUCGCCCAUUUGCAAGGCAAAACGUGUAGAUUCAUACUACCUUUGCAAACAAAUAUGAAAAUCAUUGGUAAACGUCUCCCGACCAGUUGCAAUUUUGAGGUUGGAGUUAAUCAAUAUGGUGCAAUCCAAUAUCUUAAAAAUAAGUUCUACCAAGAUAAUGGUUGCACUCCUAAUGAAACUAUUAGUCCAGUUACAGUCAACCACUUUCGCAACUGCUACGAUACUAAGCGUUGGUACAUAGAAGCGAAUAGUGUACACACAGAUACCCCAUCUAACACGUGGUGCAGAGCUCCGUCCUCAACGGAAGGUGUAGCUAUGGUCGAAUACAUAAUGGAACGAAUAGCAUACCAUAUGAGGUUAGAUCCUCUCCAAGUGCGAAUAGCAAAUAUGGUUAAAGAAAAUAAUCCCAUUCCAGGUUUGAUUGAGCAAAUAAAGCAAGAUUCAAAUUAUUUUGAGAGACUUAAGGAAGUUAAACAAUUCAACGAUAACAAUCGUUGGAGGAAACGAGCUAUAAGUUUAAUACCAAUGACAUACGAUUUAUUUUACUUAAGCCCAUAUAAUUCGUUAAUAUCUAUAUAUCAUGCUGAUGGUUCCGUAUCUAUUACGCAUGGUGGUGUAGAAAUGGGUCAAGGAAUUAAUACAAAGGUGGCCCAAGUUUGUGCUCACAUGUUCGGGAUUCCUUUAGAAAAGAUAAGCAUUAAGCCAAGUGCCAGUGCUACUUCACCAAACACAAUGGCUACUGGGGCUAGUAUUGGUAGUGAAUGUGUAUGCUUUGCCACUAUGAAGGCGUGUGAAAUAAUUUUGGACAGACUUAAGCCCAUCAGGGAGAAAAUGGAUAAACCAAUAUGGGAAAAAGUUGUUAAAGAAGCAUUCAACGCUGGUAUAGAUUUGCAAGCAUCUCAUAUGUUUUCCCCUAAAGACGGUGUAAAACCAUAUGAUAUUUAUGGUGCUGUGGUGUUGGAGGCAGAAGUUGAUAUAUUAACUGGGAAUCAUGAAGUUCUGAGAGUAGAUCUACUUGAAGACACUGGAAGAAGUUUAAGCCCAAUCAUAGAUAUCGGACAGAUUGAAGGUGCGUUUGUAAUGGGUCUAGGGUACUGGACGUCUGAAAAAAAUUUGUAUGACACGGAUUCGGGGAAAUUAUUAACAGAUAGAACUUGGACUUACAAACCACCCGGUAUAAAGGAUAUUCCUGCUGACUUUAGAAUUUAUUUUAGAAGGAACGCCAGUAAUCCAUUUGGCGUAUUACAAUCCAAAGCUACCGGUGAGCCAGCGCUUUGUAUGGCCGUUGUGUUGACAUACGCCCUGAGGGAGGCUGUGAGAGCGGCUCGGUUGGAGGCGGGCUACGAAGACCAAUGGCUUGAUAUAAGUAACCCAUGCAACGUGGAGAACAUUUUCAUGUCAGUCGGUCACAAACUCGAGCACUUCAAAUUGAAAUAGUAAUUAUAAGUUUUAGUGUGUUCAUAAGUAUAAAAUAGUCUAAAUUGAUUAGAUGCAGAUAUUUUAUUAUUUAUAAGAUAGAUUCAUAUGAU